AGGAAUACGGCGGCGGCGGCGGCGGGGCUGGGCGGUUUCCCGCCGCGGGUGAAUGAGUCCGACUGCGCGGCCGCCGCCCGCAUCCCCGCUCCGGCCGCGUCCCCCGCGCCAGCCCCGGGAGCAACGCGCCGAGACCCCCGCGCGCGUCCAGCCUCGGGCCGGCACCCCGGGCAGGCGCCGCAGCCCCCGGUCCUUCCGCCCCCAUGAGAAAAACCAACAUGUGGUUCCUGGAGCGGCUCCGGGGGUCCGGGGAGAACGGCCGCGGCGUGGGGGGCGACGCCGGCGACAAGGCCGCCAAGGGGCCGCUGUACAGCAACGUGCUGACGCCCGACAAGAUCCCCGACUUCUUCAUCCCCCCCAAGCUGGCCGCGGGCCCCGCCGAGGCGGAGGGACAGGCCGCGCUGGGCGCGUCCGCGUCGGAGCAGAACCUGGCCCCGGCCUCGCCGCGCGCGGCCCCGCGCAGCCCCCGCCUGCCGGCCAAGCUGGCGGCCGAGAGCCGGAGCCUCCUGCGGGCCGCGACGCGCCACGUGAUCCAGAUCGAGAGCGCGGAGGACUGGCCCGAGGAGGCCCUCGCCGACCCCCCGGCCCGGGGCGCCCCGAACCCGCCCUCGGUGCCCAAGGCGCAGACGUCCUACGGCUUCGCCGCGCUGGCCGAGAGCCCGCACACGCGGCGCCGGGAGUCCCUGUUCCACAGCGAGCACGGGGCGCUGGCCCAGGUGGGCUCCCCGGGCGCCGCGCGCCGCCGGGCACCUGCCAAGGCCAACGGGGGCCCCGGGGAGGCCGGCGGGAGCCUCAUGAGCCCGAGCCGCGGCCUCAGCGGCGGCGAGAGCGACACGGGGUCCUCGGCCGAGUCCUCUCCCUUCGGGUCCCCGCUGCUGUCGCGCUCCGUGUCGCUGCUCAGGGGCUUCGCCCAGGACGGCCAGGCCAAGGUGAGCCAGCUCCGCAAGUCGGUGGGCCGCCACGGCUCCCUGUCGGCGGACGACAGCACCCCGGACACCAGCCCCGGGAGCCGGCGCCGCCUGACCCGCCGGGCACCCCCGGAGCCCGGCCCCGAGUCGGGCCCGGCCGCGCGCGGCGAGCACACGGUCCCCCUGGGCCCCCGGGGCAGCGUGCGGCUGCUGGCCGAGUACCAGGCCGGCCAGGCCCGCCUGCGGGUGCGCCUGCUGGCCGCCGAGGGCCUGUACGACCGCCUGUGCGACGCGCGCGCCAUCAACUGCUGCGUGGGGCUGAGCCUGGUGCCCGGGAAGCUGCAGAAGCAGCGCAGCACCAUCGUCAAGCACAGCCGCCACCCCGUCUUCAACGAGGACUUCUUCUUCGACGGGCUGGGCCCGGCCAGCGUCCGCAAGCUGGCCCUGAGGAUCAAGGUGGUGAACAAGGGCAGCAGCCUCAAGCGGGACACGCUGCUGGGGGAGAAGGAGCUGCCCCUGACCGCCCUGCUGCCCUUGCUGUAGAGGGGGGCGCGCUCGUGGCCCGCUCAGCUGGGGGGUGUGCGCCCAGGGGAGACCCGUCUCUCUCCUCCACGCCGGGCGGGGAGGGGCCCACACUCAUGCGGGGCGGACGCGGGGCUUCCUGGCUCGCAGAUGCGGAGCAGAGUGUUAUUUUUCGUGAAUUAAUUUAUUCUUUGGAGAAGGAGGAGGAGGAGGAGAGGGGCUGCGGGGGAAGAGGAAGGGCCGCUUCACAGGGCUGAGGGUCCCCCUUGGCCCGGCAACACCGCCUGGCCCCUUUCACGCAGAGUUCUAGAAGGAGGUUCUUGGGGGUCCAGGAACACGUGCGUGUGGCAGGGGCACGGCCAUGGAUAGAGAGGCCACAAGUCCUGGAGCCUGUGGUCCCCCCACCGCGCACGUGUACUCCUCCCCCACAGCCUGCCUCGGUCCGCUUCCCACCCCACCGCCCAGUUCCCACCCGGUUGUCCGUCCAGUUCCCACCCACCUUCCGUCCAGUUCCCACCACCUUCCGUCCAGUUCCCACCCCGCCGCUCAGUUCCCACCCGGUUGUCCGUCCAGUUCCCACCCCACCUUCCGUCCACUUCCCACCCGGCUGUCCAGUUCCCACCCUGCAGAGAGCAGGGCCUCUGGGCCACGCCAGGCUCAGACUGCCCGAGGCGCCCCCUCCCAGGGGUCAGGCUGGCUCCGGGAGACCCCAGCUUCCCAGGCUUCGGUGGCGAGCGGGUCGUGCGUGGGUGUGCGUGGGCGCCCUUGUGAGGGUGGCCGAGGAGGGAGUGGCUGCGGCCACAGUUGGAGCAGAGACAUCUCGGCAGAGGCCGCCCGGUGGGGGAGACGGCUCUCCCGUCUGCUUUUCCUCCAACACCGUCUGCGCUUGCUUUUAGGGUGCCGGCCUGUCUGGCCACUUCUGCUGCCCAUCCCUCUCGCUGAGGACUGCCACCCCGUCGCCCUUCUGUCCAGCCUCCUUGCAGCUGGGCGUGAUGCACCGUGGCUGAUGGCUGUGGCUCUGACGCCACGUGUGUAAAUAGGCCGUGGCUGUGGUGGGUGGGUGGGAGCCCAGGCUGCAGCAGGGGGUACCCGGCUGUGGCCUUUUGUGCCUCCAGAUGGCUGUAGGGCUUCCCUUGUGUGGUUAUGUGGAUCCUUGAAUGAUUUGGGGGAGGUGGUUCUGGCUCAGAAUGAUGCGGAAAUGGUACAACCUGAAGCGGGGGCUAGGCCGGGCCGGUGCCUUCCCCUCUCCCAGCUGUUGCUGGGCAUGGGGGGACCAGGGCACAUCUGUGGGGUCCCCCAUUACCCCCAUUGCCACACAGCGUCCCUCUUGACCAGGGAAGGUAGAGGAGCCGCUUCCCAGGCCUGGAGGAGCAGCCAGGCCCCUGCUGAUGUCCAGUGGGACACACCCCUGACCCCCCUCCAGAGGGAGAGUAUGGGCUGGGUCCCUUCUGAGCCUGGAGUUGCAGGGACUCCGCUCUCUCUGGAAGCCGGGGCACCCAGGUCUGAGGCUCCUCAGGCCGGGGAGGCAGGGAGGGUGCCCUGUGGGGAGAGAUGGAGCUUGCCCCCUUCUCUGACGCGUACCCCUCCGGGCCCCGUUCUCCCGGGAGUCCCCGUUUUGUACCCCCUGCACUGUUCCAUAUCUUAGUGUCUGAAGUUGACUGUGGAUAAAUCUUUAAGACAACCCCCCCAGUGUGUGUGUUUAUAAACGCUGUUUAUAGUGCAAUAAAGGUGUUUCGGGAA